ACGGGGUAACGUGAUACUUGAGUCCCGCGUUCUCUACGUAUUGUGCGAGAUUCACUCGCAAUGCUGAUUCCCACGUGAUUGUCCUCAGAAGUAUACGAUAACUCGUUCGUAGCGGCGGUCGUGGUAAAUUUAGAUUUCCUCAUUUCCUAACCUUCAGUCCCAUAAUGAGAGACUCGAUCUUCCACUUGGAUACAAACUAUUUUAUUCCGUUUAUUUUGCUUUCUCUAUCGUGAAUUUAACUUUUCUUGUCCGUUCAACACAUCCUCAAUGAAUUCCUUAUACUUGGGUUCCUAUAACUUGGGUUAUAACCACCUUUUUGGUCUGUAUGCUUACAAAGAAACGGAUAGUAUUGACAAUCUAGAACUGAUUAAGAGAAUUUCCUUUAAAAAAUGAUCAAACUCGAAAAUCAAUGAAUUCAGCCUUUGCUAAACCGUGAUGUUGUCAAUGGUCAUAAUCGACAGUGCCUCUAGUGUCUCCAAUGGUUUUGAUGAUUCCGAUGGUCCUGGCGAUACCGGUUCUUCUGAUGGUAGUAUUUAUCAACAGGUGGAUACAUCGGUUAUUCAAAAAGUUAUGUUAGAAUUCGUAAAGAAUCGUCAGAGUGGCUGAGCAUAAUAGUGACCAUGUCUGUCACUAUUAAACUACUGCAAGGCAUAAGAAAUAGUUAAGUGGAAAAUGAAUGUUGACGUACGAUGAUUGUCAAAUGUUCAAGGAUGACUAGAUUUUUCAGUGCGCACUUUCAGAGGGCCUGGCUGUUGACUAUGGGUGACUAUUACUAUGAAAAAUGCAGCGAAGUGAAUUGAAGUGAAGUGGGCUGAAGUGAUUUUGAGUAAAAUUGAAAGAAAAAAAUUGGUCGGCAUUUGCUUAGUAAAUUUGCGUAGAAAAGAAAUGUUGCAUCGGCAUUCCUUGAGAUAGUAGUAUAUAGAAAUUCACCCCGUUAUGUGAUACGUGAACUUGCUGAUAAAGAAGCAAAGUUCGAAUUUUGACCUCACUGGCUCCAAGGGAUGAAUCGACGAAGUGAUGCACGUGAUGCACGUGAUGCACGUUCACGUGGUGAACGAGCAAUCUGAAGCAGGACUCGUAGGGAAAAGGAGGGAUCGCGGGAGACACAGGAACAUAGGUUACGGGAGACCAGGUCGGAGUGAGAGCCAAUAAAGUGCAGAGGAAAAGUUUCUCCAUCUGUUAAUCGUGGAUGCGGAUGAAAAUGUUCCGAGUGUUGCUGGCAUGUGUCUGGCUCGUUGCCGGCUCACCUCUACAUCCGCUACCGCUAAUGCCUUACAAAGAAAUCACGCAGGGUUCCUACCUGAGGCAGUACAGUGUGGCGCUCUACGACACGGCGUUGUUACGUGAGCACCGCGCCAGGACGCGACGCGACGUCACCGACUCUUCGGACUCUUCGGACUCUUCGGACGGUCCCAAGUCCAGGACUCGCAAGGGCCCCACGCUCGAUCUGAACGUUCACGCGUUCGACAGACUCUUCAAGAUGAGACUGGCGCAGGACAACAGCUUAUUUCCGGACGACGCGAUUUUCGAAGGGACGGGAGGUCGAGUUCUUGAAUUCGACACUUCCCACGUCUAUACUGGCACUCUUCACGACAACGAGAGAGCGUUGGUGUACGGCGUCGUGACGGAGGACGGCCUCUUCGACGGCACUGUCAUCACGGGAGCCGAGGAAAUUUACAUAGAACCUGCCACGAGAUAUCUUGGCACCGGAACCCAGUACCAAGGGACUCCCUGUCACACGAUAGCUUAUCGUUCGGGUGACGUCGCGACGCCUCUUCAACAUUCACUUUCCCUGAAUCAACCUCCACUCGAGAACUUCUCUCUCAACUCUCUCAACUUAACAGUCACAAUUAAUCAACCUCAGAGAGAAUACCAAUACAGGAGCUGGCAACCCCUUUACCAAAACAUCAAGGAUGGAGGAAGUGACGCGAAGCCCGGCUUCUACCCGAAGGACGCGCGGAAAAAGGACCCGACGGCCAGUUCCCAUAAUCUUGAACUACUCGAUAGGCUCUACAGGGAGAGAUAUUCGCGAGUGUUAAGUAAACGUACAUCGAUCGAUCCGAAGAAGACUACCUGCAUGCUCUACCUGCAGGCCGAUCACACCUUCUACGAACAUUACAGGUCGGAAGAGGCCUGCAUCGAAGUGAUGACGCGACAUGUCCAGCAAAUCAAUUCCAUCUACAGAUAUACCGAUUUCAACCAAGAUGGCGAAUCGGACAAUAUCAGUUUCAUGAUAAAGCGCAUCAAAGUUCACGGGGAAGGCGCCCUGGCAGAUCCCACAUAUCGAUUUGCUGGCAACCAUGGUGUCGAGGAAUUCCUCGAACUCUUUUCCGAGGAGGACUACGAUGCGUUUUGCCUGUCGUACAUGUUUACGUAUCGCGACUUUGAGAAGGGAACCCUCGGCCUCGCCUGGACAGGAGACCUCAAGAAUGCCGGCGGCGUUUGUGAGAAAAACGGGCACUACAGGGGCAGCAUGAAAUCCUUGAACACGGGAAUAAUCACCCUGCUCAACUACGGGAAGCACGUGCCACCGGCAGUCUCCCACGUCACGCUGGCGCACGAGAUCGGCCACAACUUUGGAUCUCCUCACGACCCGGACGAAUGUUCCCCAGGAGGCGAGGACGGGAAUUUCAUAAUGUUCGCAAGGGCCACCAGCGGCGACAAACGGAACAACAACAGAUUCAGCUCCUGCAGCCUGCUCUCCAUCAACCCGGUCCUUAAUGCGAAGGCACGCUCCCCUAAGGGAUGCUUCGCGGAAAACCGGGCAGCCAUUUGCGGAAACGGCGUAGUGGAGGAAGGCGAGGAGUGCGAUUGCGGCUGGGAAGAAGAUUGCAAAGAUCCUUGCUGUCACCCUCAACGUCGGCAUCACGCGGCGGUCCAGGUGCCCUGCCGCCUUGCCGAAGGCGCGACAUGCAGUCCGAGUCAGGGACCCUGCUGCACGUCGGCGUGCACCCUGCGACACGGUGAGAAAUGCAGAGACGACAACGGAUGCAGAGACGCCAGUUUCUGCGACGGCAGCGGGCCGCACUGUCCAGAGUCCAUCAGCAAACCCAACAAGACCAUAUGCAACGAAGAGUUCGUCUGCUACAUGGGGGAAUGCACGGGCAGCAUUUGCCUCGCUUACGGAUUGGAGUCCUGUCAAUGCAUCGCACAACCGGACGACCCGCCUACCAAGAGCUGUGAGCUUUGCUGCAAGCUGCCUGGCGACAAGCAGCCAUGCAUAUCCUCCUUCGCUUGGAAUUCUCCUCCCUUCGACAUUCCGGACAUGCUGUCGAAGCCAGGUACACCCUGCAACGACUACAACGGCUACUGCGACGUGUAUCAGAGAUGCCGCGAGGUCGACCCCAGUGGACCACUGGCUACGCUCCGGAGGCUGCUUCUCUCGGAUGCGAGCCUCGCUCAUUUUCAUCGGUGGGUCAUUGACCGUUGGUACGCAGCUGCCCUCACGACCCUGGCACUCUUGGCACUUCUGGUACUCCUAACUCGUCUCUUAAGCAAGCGGGCCGGAUCAGGACUCAAGACUUUCAUCGAGCAAGAGAAGAGGAGAGGUGCCGGAUGUGACGAUGCCCGUUCGAAAGAAAGGAAACUCAUCGGGAUGAUGACUCUCAAGAGGCGAAUCGUCGAGACUAUGAAGAAGAUCAGCUCGCCCCGCAGGACCAAGGAAUCUUUUCUCUCCUCGACAGCUUGCGUGUCAGGAUCGGCCUAUCCGGUCUCCAGUCGGAAGGAGAAGACCUUCGCCGUCGCAGCGAGGGAGAGACGCUCGAGCAGGAGGCAAGUGGACCCUGGGAAGCUGACCCAGGGAGCGGCUCCCAAUGAUAGAUUGAGAGCGGAGAAGUUGAUGAUCGGAUCGAAGAGCGGCAACCGGAUGACGGCACCAACGUCCAGCGGCAUCGCGGAUAGGCGCAAGGAUCGUUGCGGCAGAUGGGUCUAUAUUUCAGAUGGCAAUCGACUGGACGACUCCGUGACGAAAGAUAGACUUGGCGGUAUCGUUAGGAGUUUCCAUCGAGGAAAAUCAUCUCCCGUAAGAAAAAAAUUCAACGGGUCUACAUACACGAAGAUGUCCUGGCGGAAGACAAAAAACAAACUGCAAUUGCUGGAGAAGGUCUGUUCCUCGUCAAAUUUUCAAAACGGAAAUUUCGGGUCCUCGAAGAGGCAGCUUCAGAGUCACACGGAAGCUUUGGUGCCAACGGAUGUGCCCGAGACAGAAUCCAGAACUCUGACGACAUCCGAUCGUUCUGAGUUGCUCGACGAGAGUUAGUGUAACGGAAAUGACGAACUCAUUUGUGCUCGAUCUUUGUAUUUGCCAAAGAGUGCAUAAUUAUUUUCGUGUAAUCUACGAUGGGACACGGCAGGGCAUUCAUCGAUGCGAGUGAUCUCACUCUGGAGACAAUGGAGACAAAUUGUCAGAAACAAAGUAGAGUAGAAGUGAAACUUACUGAUUGUAUAUAUUGUAAAUAAAUGAGCGUAGUGUUUGGCCAGUGUCCACGUAGAUCGUUAAAAAGCCUUUUUUCUUCUUUUUUCGAAUCAAAAGACAGUAGAGACGCUGACUGGCGCUCAGCAGCGAAUCUCCUUACACAGAAGUGGUCCAGACGUAGCCCAUUGCUCUAGCUGUUUAUAAAACCGUUCUUCACUCUAGUGCAGUUUAUAAUAAAGCACACGUCAUUAUUCGCGGUUGCCUACCGCGGUCGCACGGUAAUCGUUAAGUUGCUGCAAAUUUCCCGAUUCCUCCUGUCCUCUUCCGAAUUAUCUUAUGAAAAAAAUCAUAAAAAAGACUUACUUCCGUAGAAGAUUUGAAUAUCGAUUGGAUUUGGAUUGGUAACUAAAAAAAGUGAAUGAGGAAGUCGCUCGAAUAGAGUAUCGAUCGGUAACAAAAGACUCGUGGAAAAUUUAUAAACAGCAACGCCAUGUGCACCAAGCGUAUUAAAUCUCGAAGUGCAAAAUUAUCGUACGCAGUGAUUAUAAAGUUGCGAAUUCAUUUUGACCAGCACUGCAGCAUCGCAGCAUCGCAGCAUCGCCUCGGUUGCUCUUAUCAUCGGUCGAGUCGGACCACACUUGAACGAUCGCAGGCGAACAAUAACGCGGAUGGUGGAAAAAAGUAGCAACGAAAGUGGCUGUAACUGUGAAAGAAAGUCUGAGCAGAUGUAUGUGAAAAAGGACGGAAGGUGGUGGGAGAGAACAAAUGGGCAAAAAGACUGUGUUGCGGCAUGAACGGAGAAAAAGAGAAAAAGAGAAAAAGAGAAAAAGAGAAAGAGAGAGGUGAGAACGAUAGGUGGACCAUGACAAGGUCGUAAUACAAAGUGAAUGCCAGCAGGUCGGCACUAUUGAUGGUGCGUCGAGGACUAGCGCAGCGCAAUUGUCAGGGAAACGUAGACUGGUGGGAUUGGGAGCGGGGCCGAUCGCUCGUCUUCUCGAUCGUUCGCAGCAGUGGCGCAGUUCGUAGCUGCCGUUGCCAGCUGAUCGCAAACAGUUGGAUCCUUAGUUCUGCCGAGACGGAUCGCGAGUGACUUACAAUUAGAUUAGUUUGGAUCUCGAUUAGUUUCCAAUGUCAAGCACCGUUCAGGGUGACCGAGGCCUUAUCAGCAAUAACCACGA